AAUUCUACAAACAAAAAAUGGAACAAGAGAUCGUAUUGGAAGUAUAGCCCAGAUGAAGAAUGUUGUGCUGUAGGUAAAUGGUUAAAUAGUGAAAAGAUCUAAAAGAGAUUUAUAAAUUCGGGAAAAGAAAAACGAAUUCCAAUGCCUAAAGACGAACUUAGUAGCAAUUAUAGAAGUCGCAAAAACAAGCUCUUCACAGCAAGCGUCUGCGUUAGUUGUCUUGGUUUGUGCAUAGCGUUGAGAGGUGAUAGUGAACGUUUAGCCUGACUCCAGAAAUUUGUGGGAAUUUACCAUGGUGAAAAUUCCUUCGACGCGAAGCCAUCUUUUGUUUCUAUUUUUCAUUCUCGUUUCCAUGGCAACAGCAAACAAAGCUAUUAUUGAAAAAGAACGCAGCAGGCGAAACCCAACACAUAGACGGGAGUUGGAGGCGCAGUUUCUAGCAUCAUUAAAAGUUGUAACGAAUUUUCUACCACAAAAAUCGUUCUGCAAGUUAUUGGACCACUUUUUAGAGGAACGGAAUAUCAGCUUUGUAUCUUUCUUUCAAAAGUUUCCAUUUAACAACUCGAAGGAAAAAGCGUGCAGAGAUGUGAAGCUGAAGUACAAAAAGAACGCAAGAGAAGAAAAAUCUUUAAGAGAAAAGGACCUUGUGUUUUUAUUUACUCGAUUAUACAAUACUUUACCGUUGCCGUUUCAGUGCAACAUACUAACAAUGACUACGUUAAAACAAGUUGAAAAAGCGAGGCAGAGUCGACAAGAACAUGCGAAUGGAAAAUACAGAAGUACAUCUCAAAUUUUGAAUAGGCUUUUAAUGAAAGAUAUGAGUGAAUUCCCAAGAGGAGAGACUCAAAGAAAAGUCGGAAAUUUAGUGAAGAAAACUGAAGAUAAGCUAGCUCGUCAGCAUGAUAUAAUUCCGAUCGCCCGACAGUGCAGCAAGUUAAUACGAGAGCAAAACGCAUACACCGACACGGUCAAAUUCAUAGUCCGAAAAACAAACCAAACCCAACCCAAAGUGAUAGAGCGAAGAAUACUACGUAUUUUAAAGCGCGUUAUGGAAUACUACACGAAAGAACAUGGCAUUAAAACUGAUAUUGAUCCAUAUUGGACUACGCGGGUUGAUUCAAUAUUUCAUGCCGUUGUAACGAAUACAAAAAUUCUCCGCACCAAGUAUAUCUUCUAUACCAAUGUAUACUUACUACUACCAAAUUCUGGUCCACGAAAUGCUAACACUGUACUGUCAGCUUUAUAUCUUUAUGGAAAAAAGAAAUUAAAAAAGUAUUUAAACGCACACGUUCGUUUUGUACCUUUUUUUCAAAAACAAGGAAAGGAUGCAGUCAGACGCAAUCUAAUACCACAAUCUAUUUUUCCCGAAUAUAUCACACCAUAUUUUGAAAGUCUGUCUCGACCGCAGCAAUGUUUGAUCGUGCAGAUGCUGUCUGCGUAUACGAAGAAAAGCAAGGAAGACAUGGUUCAAUAUUUGCUUGACAAUGGCCGAAUUAAAAAAGCCAUAUGUGUACAUGCACCAGAUACUACCUCACAAAGCAAAACUAGUGAACGCACCAGGUUGAUCGAUAAUACGAAAACGACUGUAGCAACCACUGCGUACAAUUUAAAACAGAACAUAUCGUACGACAACGUCACGGCUACAGCAACAAUGACAACGAAGGCGACGACAGUUGAGAUUAUGAUGAUAGUUUCGUUAACAUUUGUAUUAAUCGCCGUCGUCGUGUUUUUCGUCAUAUGCGGUAUGUUUUGUCACAGACGGCAAAAAUAUAAGCAUAACCAAGCCACCUACGUCUCGACGUACGAUAAAGAAACAUCAGAUUUGCAUGCGUACUACGUAAUUAAAGAAACUGCGAAGAACUGCCAACACUCCAUUGGAGAUGAUAUAAACGUAUCCAGGGAGAACAUAAACAAUGACAACGCACUCAGUGAUACAAGCAGUGACAGGAGCACUGAUAGUAGCAUUCUUGAUGGAUUUGACAAGUUUCACCCAGGUGUGAAACAAACAAUCCAGAGUGAACAAUCGCCUAAGAAAUUUUUAAACGAUUCGUUGUUUUUUUCGUCGCAAAUAAACGUUGAAACAUUUUCCAAGUCAUUGUCAAACAUUCCCAACACGGACAAUCAAUUACCAAAUAUAGACAACGAUACGCCAAAUAUGGCUAUCGAUACUUCGGACAUUGAUACUUUAAGUUUAGAUACGGAAAUAACAAGCGUCAACGGCAAUCAGCCAUUGACGGAAGAAGAAGCGAUCUCACCGGAGUCUCGUGUUUAAUAUAUAUAUUAGAUAACUUAUUUAUUUAGAAAACAUAAAAGAAAAAUAA